AUGAUCACCGCGGCCCCCAAAGGCUGCUCCAUAGAAGAGACCCUCCUAUUGGCUGACACUGGCCGGCAUUAUGUCCUGUCUCCAUUACCUGCCCUUCAACAGGUUCGACAGGCAACUGGUGCAACAGGCUUCCACCUGAUCCCGCGUCUCUCCAGCAUCGUGCCCGAGAGCUGCCUGCUGAUCACGGUGGGCCUUCUGGUGGGGGGGCUCAUCAAGUUAGCGGGGGAGAAGGUGCCGCCGGUGCUGGACUCCAAGCUCUUCUUCCUGUGCCUGCUGCCGCCCAUCAUCCUGGACGCGGGCUACUUCCUGCCCAUCCGGCCCUUCAUGGAGAACCUGGGCACCAUCCUGAUGUUCGCCGUGGUGGGCACGCUGUGGAACGCCUUCUUCGUGGGCGGGCUUCUGUACGCCGUGUGCCAGAUGCAGUCGGCGCCGUCGGACCUGCUGAACCUGGAGCUGCUGCCCUGCCUGCUGUUUGGCUCGGUGGUCUCGGCCGUGGACCCCGUGGCCGUGCUCGCCGUCUUCGAGGAGAUCCACAUCAACGAACUGCUGCACAUCCUGGUGUUUGGAGAGUCCCUGCUGAACGACGCCGUCACCGUGGUGCUGUACCACCUGUUUGACGAGUACUCCUCGGUCGGCACGGUGACGGUGGUGGACGCGGUGCUGGGCGUGCUCUGCUUCCUGGUGGUGGCCGUGGGCGGAGUCCUGGUGGGCGCCAUCUACGGCAUCCUGGCAGCGUUCACCUCGCGCUUCACCUCGCACACGCGCGUCAUCGAGCCGCUGUUCGUCUUCGUGUACAGCUACAUGGCCUACCUGUCGGCCGAGAUGUUCCACCUGUCGGGGAUCAUGGCGCUGAUCGCGUGUGGUGCGGUCAUGCGGCCCUACGUGGAGGCCAACAUCUCCCACAAGUCCCACACCACCAUCAAGUACUUCCUGAAGAUGUGGAGCUCGGUGAGCGAGACGCUCAUCUUCAUAUUCCUGGGCGUGGCCACGGUGGACGGCGAUCACUCCUGGAACUGGACCUUCGUCACCGUCACCGUCAUCCUCUGCCUGGUGGCACGCAUCAUAGGUGUGGUGGGCCUCACGUUCAUCAUCAACAAGUUCCGCAUCGUGAAGCUGACGACGAAGGACCAGUUCAUCAUCGCGUACGGCGGUUUGCGAGGCGCCAUCGCCUUCUCCCUGGGCUACCUGCUGGACAACGACCGCUACCCCAUGAGGAGGAUGUUCCUCACCGCCAUCAUCACCGUCGUCUUCUUCACCGUCUUCGUCCAGGGGAUGACCAUUAAGCCUCUGGUUGAGUUGCUGGCCGUGAAGAAGAAACAGGAGGCCAAGCGAUCCAUCAACGAGGAGAUCCACACCCAGUUCCUGGACCACCUGCUGACCGGGAUAGAGGACAUCUGUGGGCACUAUGGACACCACCACUGGAAGGACAAGCUGAACCGGUUCAAUAAGAAGUACAUAAAGAAGUGUCUGAUCGCGGGCGAGCGCUCCCGGGAGCCGCAGCUGAUCGCCUUCUACCACAAGAUGGAGAUGAAGCAGGCCAUCGAGCUGGUGGAGAGCGGCGGCGGCGUCAAGCUACCGCCCUCCGUCCCCUCCACCGUCUCCAUGCAGAACAUCCAGCCCAAGAAGCCCCCCCCAGUGGAGCGAGCCCUCCCCCAGAUCCCCAAAGGGCGGGAGGACGAGAUCCGCAAGAUCCUCCGAGGGAACCUGCAGAAGACCAGACAGAGACUGCGCUCGUACAACCGCCACACGCUGGUGGCUGACCCGUUUGAGGACGGCUGGAGCGACCUGCUGCUGAAGAAAAGCAAGAUGAUCGAGCUGGAGAAGAAGAUCACAGAGAUGAACAACUACCUGACGGUCCCGGCGGCCCCGCCGGACUCACCAACCAUCACCAGAGCUAGGCUGUCCUCAGACCCCCAGACCUACCAGAUGAAGCAGAUGUCGGACAGCGUGCCGACCAUCCAGGUGGACCUGGCGUCUCCGCAGUCCCCCGACUCCCUGAGCCUCCUGGACGAGCUGCAGCGCGCCGACCAGCGCCGCGAGCUGCGCCGCCGCCCCCCCCCGGACGAGGAGGAGGGGGGCCUGAUGAUGCGGCCCCCCCAGGCCCGGGGGGGGGACCAGGGGGAGGAGGGGGGCCCCAGCGCUAAGGAGCAGCGGCUCCAGAGGUGCCUGAGCGACCCGGGGCCCAGCGCCGAGGACGACGAAGACGAGCCCUUCCUCUCCUGA